AUGUCACAACCCCUGGACACGGCCAAUCCCCCAGGGUCCCCUCUGGACAACGCCCCUCCAUCGACUGCGGCCUCACACCGAUCCAUCCAAAGCGCCUUGUCCAGUCCCGAGAGUCAGACACACAGCGACGAGGACGAGUCAGACACAGAGGACGCGCUGGCAAAGGCCGACGCUCAAAGCGGCACAGAUCUGGAGGAAUGCCAAUCAGAACAAGCUCUGGAUGGUGAAGAAACAGACAAAGCGGCUGGAGACGCUCUGGACUCUGCAAGUGACACACAAUCACCAAUCUCCAUCAACAGCGACAAUUCGGCUGCUGAACGGACCACGGCCUCGGACGACGAUAGACAAGGCCUUGAUAGUGCCGAUCAGACAGUGGAAGAGAGUCCCUAUAGACCAGAGGAAAUACCUGAAAACCUGGGGGAGCGAUCUCUGGAUGUCCGGAAGUCUAGGAGACAUUGGACCUUUCGACAAAAGAUGAUCCGUCUAAUAUCGCUAUAUGCUAUCCCUGUCGUAUUGACUAUCCCCCUCGCUUUGUCUGUCCACCUAAAUUCUCUCAUCCUUACCCCUCUCUACAACUCUCUCCCAUUAAGAAUACACCAGCUCUCCCUUCACAUCCUCUUCGCAAUCCCUCCUUCACUUCUCUACUGGGCCAUCACCCUCUACCGUUCCCCUAGGGACGUUCUCUCAGGACUAGCAUGCUUCAGCUUGGCAGCCAUGAGUGAGGAUGUCGUAUCUGUCUUUGGACGUCGGAUAGGGAGCUUGACGGGGAGACUUGCAGGUGCUGAGAUGGGAGCUCUCAUGGCCCAGAUGAUCAUGGGUGCUGGAAGCGUUGCUGGCUGCCUGGGAUUUGCUCUUCUGUGCUUUGAUCACAUACUGCCCAUAUCGGCAGCCAGAACCAAACCCGACAGAGUCAAGAAUCUACUCAAUGUCUCUCUCAGGUCUGCUCUCUACAUGACACAUCUUUGGCUUUUCAAAAAUGUACUUGGGAGACUAUUGGGUAGUCGAAUGUCGAGCCUUACAUCUAAUCCCGAGAAAAGUCUGCUGUUCAUCUCUCUCCUUUUCACCGUCAUCGCCUUGAUUGUACGCUCUAGUACUGGAAACACGCCUUUCCCCAAACAGAUACAGGAUCUCGUCCAGACACUACCAAUAUCACCAGCAGCUCGCAAAACCCUUACCAAAGCAGCUCGCAAGCUCCCCCGUCGAGCUCUUCCCCUCAUCUUUUUCCUCCGUCUCCCUUUCCUUAUCCUUGUUUUACGCCAGCAGCUCUUUCUUCGACCAUCUGGAUCGUUGUCAGAGCCUUACGUGACUGCUCGAGGGGAACUCCGUAUACUGAGCUCGGAAAUGAGCUUGACUGGACGUAUCGUUGUCGCCGACAAUCUCAAGGAUAAUUAUCGAUUCCUUCGGUGCGACAACUCCAUCCUAGGAGGGAGAUGGAUCCGGGAAAGAAAUGGAAAGACAGAGAUGGGCGAUACUAUAUUUGCAGUCUUCAAUCUCCAAGAGGUUGCUACCCUCGCUCAUCGGUCCGAUUCGAAAGAAUCCCUGAUCCACACUCUAUCAUUGACCACGGACCUACAGGUGGAGGCAGAGGGUGAAGACGAGGCUGUGGAUGCUAGACCCAUUGACAGAGCUCUGGUCAUAGGGCUCGGUGUUGGUAUCUCCGCUCAAGGCUUUUUGAGACGCGGUAUGGACGUCGACGUCGUCGAGAUCGACCCGGAGGUUUACAGAGCGGCAACUACGUACUUUGACCUCUCUGAGAGCCGAUUAUCUUCGUCAAUCAUGAUGGACGGAGCGACCUUUAUCUCUGAGGCAGCAGCCCUUGCACGAGUGAACGUAUCCGAUCCUGACAUUGACGCGGAAACAUUGGCAGCUAUGGAACUGGUCCCAAGGUGGAACUAUGCUGUGCAGGACUGUUUCACAGGAGGAGCAGUCCCCGGAGAGAUGUUUACCGUGGAAUUCUGGGAAGAGCUGACGGAAUUGCUUGUCGAGGACGGCAUUGUUGCGAUGAACUUUGUUGGGUUGCGAAGGAGCAAAGCUUCGAAAGCUGUACUGGUGACACUGUUGUCCGUCUUUCCUCAGUGCAGAGCUUUUAGUGAGGGCUUUGAAGCAAAUCUUGGACCCGAUGCUAUCGUAAACAUGGUUGUGUUUUGUACAAAAACAUACUCUCCAAUCUUGACAUUCCGACCUCCCAAACCGUCCGACGUCCAUCGGUCACCCCUCAAGUCCCACGUGUUUUCCACCUUCCUGCUACAUGAGAUAUAUCUCGACGAGAUCGUCACCGACGAUGACUUCUCAGACCCAGAGUUGACCUUGCGGAGAGGAAAGACGGAAAAGCUGGAUAUAUGGCAGACCGAGACGGGACUAGCGACAUGGUCGGCGAUGCAAAAGAGUGGGUUCUUUCUUUGA